CUCACAGACCCCGGCGCACAACGUCCGGACCUACGCUGCAUGGUUCACCAUUUCACCAACCCCGUGAACGAGAGAGACACCACCUAUAAAUUCCGAGUCCCGUGAACCGCUGCAGGAACAAAGAAACUGAAUCGCGCAGGGUGAGCAGUACAGGCACAGCCAACAGUUGGGCGCGUGCAGCAGUGCACUGGAGCGCGCGGCCAUGUCUUCGCCCAAGGAAGCGAUCAGCGAGGUGCAGUCGGCACCUCCGACGCCGCCACCGCCGGUGUCCACCCCGCCGUUGCGGAUACACUCCCCGGUGCCCAGCCAGUCGCCACUGCGGGCGAUGGCGACGCCGCUCGCGAGCCCCGUCAAGAAGGCGGUGGCGAGCGUCAGGGGUUACCUGGAGGAGGUCGGCCACAUCACGCGGCUCGGGGACCCGCGCGACGCCUGGCUGCCCAUCACCGAGUCCAGGAGCGGCAACGCCUACUACGCCGCGUUCCACAACCUCAGCUCUGGCAUCGGCUUCCAGGCGCUCGUGCUCCCGAUCGCCUUCGCCUUCCUCGGAUGGACGUGGGCGAUCGUCUGCCUGACCCUGGCGUUCGUGUGGCAGCUCUACACGCUGAGGUUGCUCGUUAAGCUCCACGAGCCCGUCGCGGGUGGCACCCGGUACAGCCGAUACAUGCACCUCGCCACGACCGUUUUCGGCGAGAAAUGGGCGAAGAUCCUCGCGUUGCUCCCGGUGAUGUACCUUUCCGCGGGGAACUGCACGGCGCUCAUCAUCAUCGGCGGCAGCAGCAUGAAGAUCCUGUUCAACAUCGCGUGCGGCCCGGUGUGCCUGGCGCGGCCGCUGACCACCGUGGAGUGGUACCUCGUCUUCGUCUGCGCGGCCGUGCUGCUGUCCCAGCUCCCCAACCUCAACUCCAUCGCCGGCGUGUCGCUGGUGGGCGCGACCGCGGCCGUCGGCUACUGCACCAUGAUCUGGGUCGUGUCCGUGGCCAAGGGGAGGGUGGCCGGAGUGUCCUACGACCCGGUCAAGGCCCCGAACGAUGUGGACGGCGCACUUGGGAUCCUGAAUGGCCUCGGAAUCAUUGCCUUCGCUUUCAGGGGGCACAAUCUUGUACUAGAGAUUCAGGGCACGAUGCCAUCAACUCUGAAACAUCCUUCUCAUGUGCCCAUGUGGAAGGGUGUCAAGGUAGCCUAUGUCAUCGUUGCGCUUUGCUUAUACCCCGUCGCUAUUGGUGGCUUCUGGGCUUAUGGCAACCAGAUACCUCCCAAUGGCAUCCUGAGCGCUCUGUACAAGUUCCACAGCCGCGACGUGUCCCGGCUGGUGCUGGGGAUCGCCACGCUGCUGGUGAUCAUCAACUGCUUGGCCACGUACCAGAUCUACGCCAUGCCGGUGUACGACAACAUGGAGUCCGGGUACGUGCACAAGAAGAACCGGCCGUGCCCGUGGUGGCUGCGCUCGGGCUUCCGCGCCUUCUUCGGCGCGGUCAACUUCCUCAUCGCCGUCGCGCUGCCGUUCCUGUCGGAGCUCGCCGGCCUCCUCGGGGGGGUCUCGCUGCCGGUCACGCUGGCGUACCCGUGCUUCAUGUGGGUGGCGAUCAAGAAGCCGGGCAAGGGCUCAGUGAGGUGGAACAUCAACUGGGCUCUCGGAAUCCUUGGCAUGGGCUUAAGCUUUGUGCUCAUAGUUGGAAAUCUGUGGGCUCUUGUGGAGAAAGGCUUGCGGGUGCAGUUCUUCAAGCCUGCGGAUUUCCAGUGAAAACAUGCGAAUCUGUCAAGUCAUAGGAUUCUUAAUGCAAUGUAAUGUUAUUAUAUCUUAGUAUUGUUUUCCUGAGAAAUGUAUGAUGCUAUAUUUUGAAAUGUUGAAUUUUCGGGAAGCAAAGUUGAAUCAACGUAUUAAUUAGCCAGAUUGCUCGUGCAAUUGCACGCCUAUUUUAUAUUUU